UUGGUAUUGCAGAUUCAGUUCACUAUCCCAGUCUCCUAGGAGACAAAAUACUUUUUGAAAGCGUGGAAGACAAGCUCGUAUCAAGGCAUUUGGAUUGAAGGAGAUACCACGUACACCAUUUGUAGGGUAGUGUCUUUCGAAUGGUCAAGGGCGUCUGGGACUUGAAACCAUUUUAUAUUCAUGAGAAAUACUCGUUCACUUCACUGCCGAGUGUCUUUGUCUAAUAGAGGUCUUGUCGUUCAGCUACUUAAUAUAUUGCAAGGAAACCAGAUAAUUGCAAUUCAAUCUGAAGUGAAGGAUUGCGCAUCAAGCAGGUCAUCCAUUUGCGAAGACGAAGGCACUAAACAAUCGUUAUAGGAAAUAUACAAUUUAUCUUCAGUUCUUCGCUCCACCCCUCCAGAUCACAGAGAAUAUAAAGCCCAAUUAAGAGUCUUCAGUUUGAGGCCAUGACGUCCAGAAGUUCCAGCCCGAACAAGACGUAUUUGCGACAGAAUACGGAAACUCCCGAACGAGUGGUUGACAUCGGCGCCAGAGGGGCAGGCAGCGUUUACCUCCCUUGUUUCAGCUCUCCGCCUCGACUACGCAGAUCCAAAUCGGCCUCCACCUCCUUGAUCAGUUUCGGAUCUUCCAGUUUGCUGACGUCUGCUGACAGAAGGAAGCCCAAACUGCUCACGUCUGUCGUGUACGAGCGGGAGGUUGCAGACAUCGUCAACAGACUUCGACGUCCGACAAUCUCGACGAGACGCAAAACAGUGAAACUUUAUCCCAAUUUGGGGUAUGUCGACAUGAACUUCUACUCGUGGAGGAACAUGCACCUGUACAAGGACUACCAGAGGACUAUCUUCAACGACAAAGGCGCAGUCAAACCAUCGUUCAGAAGAUGCGGGGCAAGGAAUUCUUGGAUGUAACGUAUACGAAUAUCAUAACUUUGUUCCGUCAGUCAGGUGAGGGUGCGGCGCGAUAGCCCAGUGGUUAAAGAUCGAGUUCCUCCGUCACGCAGAAUACCCAUAUAUGAGUAAAAUGUCUGACGCAUAUUUCCUGUGUUCUGUUUUGCUGCGAUAUUGCUGCGAUAUUGCUAUAAUCGGCAAAAAACAUACUCAUUCUGAAAGGUGAUGUUGGUUUAUGAUUCCAUAUCAAAUUUGCAGGUAUUUCUAACGCCUUUGUUUGAAGCCCAUUUCCGUUGUCCCCCGCCGUGAUAUUGCUGGAAUGUUGCUAAAAGCGGCGUAAAACCAUAUUC